GAAUCGACCAAUGAGAGCGUAGCUGCUAAAUCAGCGUCUAGUUUGAACUUGUCGAUUUCCAAAAUGGCUGCUGUGGAAGAAGCGUUGAUCAAGAAGCUGGAAGAUCUGGGAGAAAAGCGAGCCAGGGGGAAGAAGCUGCACGAAUGGACGAAGAAGGAGGCGGCGGAGGUGUUGUGCCACCUGUUUUCGCUGUACGAUUCGAGCUGGGCGUGGGACGUGCGAUCCCAGAGCGACGGGAAGAACGGGAAGACGAUCGCGAGGUACCUGCGUCUAAUGGACAUCGGUUACCUCCUGAAGCAGCCCUCCGACCUCGACCCCGCCAAGCACAAGCUGGGGAGGAUCAUGGGAGCCGUGCUGGAGAAGCUGGAAUCUCGUCUGGGGGCCUCGCUGUACCAGAAACAGCGCCAGGCCGUGAAGCAUCGCAGGCUCCAGGAGCUACAGCAGCGGAAACAGCACAACAGCGCGAGCAGCGAGUGUGAGAUGGACAAGGAGAACUCACCUGCCAGACAGGUGUGUAGCCUGUAGUGUGUGUGUGUGUGUGUGAGUUAGUUUGUUUGUG